AUGGGAUGUCUCUAAGUAAAAGUGACUGACAAUAAUUCAAAGAAGCCGAUUCAGCCUCUGAAUAUCUAAACUGCAGACUAUAGAUUAAUUUCUAAUGUCUACACAAUGACUUCCAAAGUCUUAGGAGCGGGUAAUUUCGGCAAGGUCUUUCUUGCACAUAUCACUUAAAAUGAGAAAUUCAAAGUCGCCAUCAAAACAAUGCCUAAGAAGAAAAUAGGAGAUAACAUCGAAAAAAUCAAGGAGGAGAUAAGAAUACUAGCAAAGUUAGACCAUCCGAAUUAUCUAGGAGGGGGAGAUCUCUUCGAUAAGAUUACUUCUCAAAAUGAACAGAUGAAUGAAGUCAAGGCAGCUCAUAUUAUGAAGAAAUUAUUUCAAGCAAUUAACCACUGUCAUAGUCUUAACGUCGUCCAUAGAGACUUAAAACCUGAAAAUAUUAUGUACACCGAAGAUGGGGAGGACAUCAAGAUUAUUGAUUUUGGUUUGAGCAAGCUGAUAUAAGAAAGAACUGCUACUAUGAAAACCCUGGUUGGAACUCCGUAUUAUGUGGCUCCUGAAGUUUUACAGGGUCAAUAUGGGAUGGAAUGCGAUAACUGGAGUUUAGGAGUCAUCAUGUAUACCUUACUUUCUGGAUAUCUUCCAUUUUAUGGUACCACCCCUGGAGAGGUUUUUGAGAAAAUUAAGAAUGGGUCAGUUUCAUUCUCUCAAAAAGAAUUCUAAUCAAUCAGCUAGAGUGCAAAGGAUCUAAUAAUAAGUCUCCUAAAUAAAGAUAAGGUCAAAAGAUUUACCUGCUCAUAAGCUUUACAACAUGCAUGGUUUUAGGAGGUCAAAAAAGAUGAUAGCCUUCAUAUGAAAAUCGAAUUAAACAUUAUUGAUCAACUUAGAAAUUACAAAGGCAUAUCAGUACUUAGAAAAGAAGCAAUGAGUGUUCUCAUUAAGAUGCUAAACUCUCAUGAGAUAGAUUCGCUUAGAGAAGCUUUUUAAAUUAUUGAUAAGGACUAAACAGGCAUGAUCAACUUCGAAGAGUUGAAAGAAGCUCUCUCCUCAACGGGGCAUAAUUUAACCAUGAAUGAAAUUCAGUAGAUUAUUGAAAAUGUGGACUAUGCAGGUAAUGGUAAAAUUAACUACUCUGAAUUCCUUGCUGCUACAAUAGAAUUAAAGUCUGUAUUAACUUAUGAAAAACUUUGGGCCCUUUUUAAGUAUUUUGAUACAGAUAACAGUGGCAUCAUUACACCUUAAAAUUUAAGAGAAGCAUUUGCUAAAACUGGAAAAAUGCUUACUGAAAAGGAGAUUUAAAAAAUUUUAGAGCAGCAUUCGUUCAUUGAUAAUGGAGGACUAAACUUUGAUGAGUUCAGAUUAUCCUAAGACAAAAAAGCGAUCGACUCCAACCAAAUUUAUUGA